AUGGUUCUUCACAACCCCAACAACUGGCACUGGGUCAACAAGGAUGCCUCUGGCUGGGCCAAGGAGUACUUGCAGCAGAACCUGGUCGGCAUCAGUGUCGAGGAAGGGGGUGUGUCAGCCAAAGUAGACAAGCUGUUGUCCAUGGAUGGCGACGUAGAUGUCAGCCAGCGCAAGGGCAAGGUCAUCACCCUUUUCGAUGUCAAGUUGUCGCUAGAAUACUCAGGUAAGACCAAGGACGCUGAGGAUGUCAGCGGCACCAUUCGCAUCCCCGAGGUAGCCCACGACACCGAGGAAGACGAGUUCGUCUUCGAGAUCGAGAACCACGCCGACUCCAACUCCAAGCAGCCCGUAAAGGACCUGGUACGCACAAAGCUCGUCGCUGAGCUCCGUUCCACUCUGAGCAAGUUCACCAACGCCCUCAUCACCGAGCAUGCCAAGGAUCUCCAACACGCUCCCGGCGUGAACCCCUCCAGCGGCUUCCCCAAGGCCUCCGUCCACCCCCAGACCAAGCCUGUCGAGGCCUCCACCGCCCAGGCCACCACCACCUCCACAACCGGCAAGGUUGCUGUCAACACCACCACCGUGACAGCCUCCGAUGAGUUCCGUACCACAGCCGGCGAGCUCUACAACACCUUCACCGACCCCCAGCGCAUUGCUGCCUUCACACGCGGUCCUCCCCGCCAAUUCGAGGGUGCCCAGGUUGGCGGCAAGUUCGCCAUCUUCGACGGCAAUGUCACCGGCGAGUUUGUGACUCUCAACGAGCCCAAGCAGAUUGUCCAGAAGUGGCGUCUGGCUCAGUGGCCUGAAGGUCACUUCAGUUCGCAGGAGAUCAACUUCGACCAGAAUGAUAUCGACGGUGUUACUCAGAUGCGUGUUACUUGGUCUGGCGUCCCUGUUGGUCAGGAGGAUGUCACCAAGCAGAAUUGGGACAUGUACUAUGUUCGCAGCAUUAAACAGACUUUCGGGUUUGGCACUAUUCUCUGA